AGAGGUGAUAUUAUGAUACGGGUGCGCGCGUGGCAGCAGCGUAUGGGAGAUUGCCUGCUGGUGCAACUACUAGAAGACCUGCUUUACAACCAAUCCGGAGUCCGGACUAUAGUGCUUAAUUGUUGUGUCUGUGUCAGUUGGCUGGAUAAUUAAUCAAAGGAGGAGCCUCGAUUUCUCACUUGAUCGAUGAGCGCGUAUGGGGUCCAUGUUUGACCGCUGAAUCAGUAGGCGCCCAGUCGCCAUCCCUCCUGUCCGUCAUCAUGCCGCCCGCCGCGCGACUACAAAUUGAACCCCAUGGAGCAGAGCAGAGCAGCACAAGGAAGCAAGGAGGGAGCCGAGUUGAGCAAAGCAAGCAGCUCCGGAAUUAGCUCACUGCACUGCAGUCUGCAGACUCACUGGAGCAAAGCAACACUCUCUCAAUCGUCAGUAGCUAAAGCUAGCUGCCUAGCAGAGCAGAGUGAGUGAUCUCUGGUCUUCUCCCUCGACCAGCAACAACGCAGGCCAAGCUAACUCAGCAUGGCUUGCACCGUGGCACCGCCGGGGUCGCCGGUCUUCUCCCCGUCAUCCCGGCCCGCCGCCCCUGCACACGUCUCCUUCAAGCAGCAGCAGCAGCCCGCGCCGCCGGAGGGCUCGCCGCUCCGCCUCAUCGCCCUCCGCGCCGCCAAGCUGCGCAUCCGCCCCGCCGACCCGCCUCUCCUCGUCGUCCCAGCCGCUUCGCACGCACCCUCUUCUUCUUCCUCCAACGCCAAGCGCCGCCGCCCGCCGCCGCUCCUCGUCCCAGCCACGGCCCCGACACCAUUAGAUGCCGUUGCUGCUGCUCGUGGGAUGGAACCGGAGGUGGCGGAGGACUCAGGGGAGGGCUUCGCGGCCUACUGCAGGCGCGGGAAAGGCCGGAACCGCCUCGAGAUGGAGGACCGCCACGCCGCCACCGUCGCCCUAGGAGGCGACCCCGACGCCGCGCUCUUCGCCGUCUUCGACGGCCACGGCGGGAAGUCCGCCGCCGAGUUCGCCGCCAACAACAUGCCCCGCAUCAUCGCCAACGAGCUCCUCCACGCAAGCAAAAGCUCGGAGGCCGUCGAGGCCGCGGUGAGGCGCGCGUACCUCCGCACGGACAAGGAGUUCUCCUCCUCCGCCGCCGCGGCAAACGGAGGCGGCGCGUGCUGCGUGACGGCGCUGCUGCUCCGCGACCGCCGCCAGCUCGUCGUGUCCGGCGCCGGGGACUGCCGCGCCGUGCUGGGCCGCGGAAGGUCGCCCGCCCUCGCGCUGACCACGGACCACCGGGCGUCGCGGCGGGAGGAGCGGGAGCGGAUCGAGGCGCUCCCCGGCGGGCUGGUGCUGCGGGACAGCCGCGGGACGUGGCGGGUGCGGGGGUCGCUGGCGGUCACGAGGGGCAUCGGCGACGCGCACCUCAAGCCAUGGGUGCUGCCGGACCCGGAGACGACGUCCGUGGACCUUGGAGACGACGACUGCGAGCUGCUCGUGCUCGCCUCCGACGGGCUCUGGGACAAGGUGGGCAACCAGGAGGCCGUUGAUGCUUGCUCCAGUGGCCUGCCGCCCUCCGUUGCUUGCCGCCGGCUCGUGGACAUGGCGGUGGCCAGAGGAUCCACGGACGAUAUCAGCGUCCUCGUCGUCCACCUCAAACGCCUUCUUCUCCACCCAUGACAAUUAGAUUGAUUAACACACAAAAGGAUGAUUAGCGGCAUCUGUAAACGUGUCACAAGAUUGUAGAUAAUAGAUAAGAUAUAAGAGCUUCCUCUUUUUUUUUUUU